AUGUUUAAUAAUAAUGAUGAUGAAGAAGAAAAUUACACAAGGAAUAGGAGAAGUAAUUCAUCAGAUAGUAUGAAUGGAAAUACAUUGAAUGAUCAUAUGAAUAAUUAUAAUAAUUAUAAUAAUUUUAAUCGAUAUCAUGAACAGAAUAUGAACUCUUGUAAGAUUGAUGAAAUUUAUGUAGAUGAUAGCUAUGAUGAAAAUAAUAAUUAUUAUCAAAGAGUAGAUAAUAAAUUCGAAAUUAAUAAAAAUAUAAAUUUUGAUGGACCAUAUAGUCAUAAAAAUUUAAGACCAGUAAAUGAGAAUGAAAUAGAAUUAGUAGUAGAUAAUUUUUUUGAUAAAAUUAGAAAUAAUGAAGAAGUUUAUUCAGAAUGGAAAAUAUGCCCAAAUUUUAUCUUUAGAAUAUUAUUUAUUGCAAAAUCAAGAUCAAAUAAUUAUAUGUAUCCAGUUGCAUCUUCUUUUAUUGAAGCUAUACAAAAAGAAGAUUGGGUUAAUGAUUGGGGAUUUAGUAACGUUCAGUAUUAUAUUAUAUUAAUUAAUUUAGCAGAUUAUAGAAAAUCUUAUUAUAAAAUUGAUCAUUUUAAUUUUUCUCAUUUAAACACAGAUAGAGGAUGGCAUAAUUUCGUUCCAUUUGAAAAAUUAAGAGAACCUGGAUUUAUAAAUGAAGAAGGUCAGAUCGUAUUAAGAGCAGGGGUAUAUCCUUUCGGAUCUGAAUCAUAUAAAAACAGUAGAGAUGCUAAUUAUAAUAGUAAACUAAGAACUGGUUUUGUUGGACUGAAAAAUCAUGGAGCAACUUGUUAUAUGAAUGCACUCUUACAGUUAUUAUAUCACAUCAAUAUUUUUAGAAAAGCAGUUUGUAUGAUGAUUUUUAAUAUUGAAAAUAUUAUUGGAAAGAAAACUUUAGAAUUUUUUAAAAAUAAAUUAGAAAAAAAAAAAAAAAUUAAGUUAGCUUUAAAAAAAGAAAAGAGAGGAAAAAAAUUAAAAGAAAAAAAGUGUUCUGACAUAGAUGAUCCCAAAGAUAUUUCGAAAGAUACUUCAUUUAAAUUAUUACCAUAUAUAAAAAAUGAAAAUAAUUUAUCCUCAAAUGAUAAUACUAUAGAAAAAGAAUGUUCUAAUCAUAGAAUAAAAAAUGAAAUGAAAAAUUUUCUAAAUAAUGAAAAUGAACAUUCUUCUAGUCUCUUAGAUAAUAAAAUAGAUAUUGUAAAAGAAGGAAAUGAUAAUCAUAGAGAUGUAGUUGAUGAUAUACACAAAAAAAAACAAAUAGAAAAAGUAGAGAUUUCUAAAAAUGAAAAAUCAAAUGAAUUUUCUACAAAUUUAAUUCGAAAUAACGAAAUGAAUAAUAGCAAAAAUGAAUACAAAAAAAAUAAAAAUAUUUGUGACAAUGAUAUUAAGGAAAAUGUAAAUUCUAAUAACUACGACUAUGAAAUGAAAAAUAAUAAAAAGCAUGGUUAUGCUCACUUUUCUUCUUCUGAUCCAUCGAACGAUACAGGAAAAUAUAAUAACAUACAUAAUGAAGAUAAUGAAGUAUAUAAUAGUAUGCAUAUGAAUAAAGAAUAUGGUAAUGAUAUAAAAAAAAAUAGUAAAAAAAAUAAGAAGAAAAUUAUUAAUUAUGAAGCAAAGAAAAAUUUAAAGAAAAAAAAAAAAAUUUUCAAAUAUACAAAUGAAAGAAAAUAUAAUAAUUUAGAAAAUGAAGACAACGCUAAUUCUCAAAUGUCUUCUUCCGAUAAUUUAUCCAAUAUAUCAAAUUCCUCCAAAAAAAAAAAAUUUUCUUCUAACAGUAAUUCUAAUAAUUUAUUGAGUUCUAAAAAAAAUUCAAGUUCUUUAAAUACAUCUAAAUCAGACAGAGAUGAUGAUAACGACUCUGUAAUAAAUAGUUAUGAAGAUUCAUAUUCAGAUAGUGAGUUAUCUGUUUUAUCCAUAACUUCAUCAGGGUCAUCUUCUUAUGUUACUUGUUCAUCCUCAGCUUCGUCAUAUUAUUAUAAAAAUAAAAAAAAGAUAAAAUAUGAAAAGUCAAAAGAAGCAGAUUAUAAAAAUAUUUUGUUAGAAGAAGAAAUAGAAAAAAAAAAUAUUUUACCAACAUCAUUAGCUUUGCAAAAUUUGUUCUAUAAAUUGCAUUCAUUAAAUGAAGCAGUUUCAUGUAAAGAAUUAAUUCGUUCAUUUGGAUGGGAUGCUAGUGAUGUUUUCACACAACAAGAUACUCACGAAUUAUUGAAAUUAUUAUUAGACAAAGUUGAAGAACAAAUGAAAGGAACUGUGGUAGAAGGGUCUGUUAAAAAAAUGUUUGAAGGUGAAGUUGAAACAUAUAUAGAAUGUUUAGAUAUAGAUUAUAAAAGUGUUCGUAAAGAAAGUUAUGAAGAUAUACAAUUAGAUGUUCAAGGUUGUAAUAAUAUAUAUGAAUCUUUAAAUAAAGCAAUUGAAGCAGAAAUUUUGGAAGGAGAUAAUAUAUAUGAAACAGAUGGAUAUGGUAAACAAAAAGCAAAAAAAGGAAUGAGAUUUUUGAGCUUUCCUAAUAUAUGUAUAUUUUUAUUAAAAAGAUUUACAUUUGAUUUACAAAGAAUGGAAACUGUUAAGUUAAAUAAUAGAUUUGAAUUUUAUAAAGAAUUAGAUUUAUCAAAAUAUUGCGAAACUGGUGGUCAAUAUGUGUUACAAGCAGUCUCUGUUCAUCAAGGAAAUAUGAAUAGUGGUCAUUAUUACUCCUUUAGUUAUAAACACAAUGAAAAUUUCUGGCUGAAAUGUGAUGAUGAUAAAAUAUUUCGUGUUAGUGAAUACUCAGUUAUCAAUGAUAACUUUGGCGGAUUUGAUAUAAAUAUAGAUAAAGAUCUUUAUGAUUUUGAUAUUUCUGAUAAAAUUAAGCAAAGAAUGAAAAAUUAUAGUGCAUAUAUGCUAGUAUAUGUAAAAAAAUCUCUUAUCCCAAAAUUAAUUAAAGAAUGCGAUCCUGCAGUUGUAAAUCCACAAGUUGUUAAAAGAUGUAAAUUAGAAGAAAUAAUAAAUAAGAAAAGAUCUAAAUUAAAACAGGAAAUUUUACAAUAUGUUAAAAUAAGAGUAUUUGAUAAAUAUUGUUAUCUUUAUAAAUCUUUUAACGAUUUACCACCAAAUGGAAUUCCUUCUUUAUUCAAUAUAAAAUUUGAUAGAAGUAAAACAGUUGUAGAAGCAUUUUAUAAGAUUUUGAAAAUAAUAAAAAAAAUAUAUUUAAGAAAAAAAAAAAAACAAAACACAAAAAUGUUGAAAAAAUCAAAUAAAAAGCAAAAAACAUUACUACAAUUAAAUAGCAAUAAUAUUGAUGAUAAUAUGAAUGAUAAAAAUAUUCAUAGGAAUAGUUUAAAUACUUGUGAUAAUUACAGAAAUGUAAAUGAUUCAUAUGUCAAUUUGAAUGAAAAUAUAAAUAAUAAUGAAUCCUUUCAAAAAAAAAUAUCAAAUGAAGCAUUUGAUAUUUCUACAGUUUAUUUCACUAAUGAUAAUUCAUUAAAAAAUAACGAUAUAAAUAAAAAACAUGAGGAUUCAUUUAAAAGUUUAAAAAAAAAAAAAAAAACUUAUGAUAAUAUUAAUGAAAAUGUAAGUAAUUUAGAAUUUACUAGUGAUGCAAUAAACGCUGAUGAAAAAAAAGAAGAAUUAGAUGAACAAGAAAAAGAAGAAAUAAAAAAUGAUGAGAGAAAUAAUAAAAAUAAUGAACAUAUAAAUAUUACAAAUAAACAUGAAGAAAUAAGAUUAGAAGAAAAAUGUAAAAAUUUUAAAAUAAAAGAAAAUAAUAAAAUGAAAAAAGAUGGUAACAUUACUAUAAAUAAAUUACAAAAUAACUUAAAUUAUAUAAAAAAAGAAAAUAAUCAUAAAGAAUUAGAUAGCUCUUCAAUUGAUUCUUCAUCAUCUGUUUCAUCUGUUCCUUCAUGUUGCACUGUAAAUUCUAUAGAUAAUUAUAUUAAAUAUAUGUCGAGAAAAAAAUUCAAAAAAUCUAAGAGAAAAUCUGAUGGAAGUAAUUCACGUAUGAGAGAUUUUUCUUCAUCAAAUAACAAUUCUUCUUAUUAUUCUUCAUCAUCAUCAUCUUCCUCUUCUUCUUCAUCUAACUCUCCUUGUAAUUCUUCAUCUUCAUCCUACUGCUAUUUGAAAGAAAAGAAAUGUUUUUAUGCAAUGCUUCCAACGAAUGAUGUUUAUAGAUUUUUCCCAUUAGAUAUGAAAGUUAAUAGUCAAUUAUAUCUAUAUGAAUUGUUUAAAAAAACAAAUAAAGAAUCGUCAGAUUUAUUUCCAACAAUAGAUAUUUUAUAUCAUCCACAUAAUAAAAAAACAUUUGUAUCUGCUAAUACAUCUUCAAAAACUAAGAGCUUUUUAUUUUUUUUUAAAUAUUUUGAUAUAUAUGCAGAAGAGAAAAUUAACGAUUCCUCUUUAAUAUGUUUAGAUAUAGUCCAUUGCGAUAUUCAUUUAAAACCAAAACAGUUAGAAAUUAGAAUAAUAGAAAAAAUUCUCAAAGCUAUGGAGAAAGGUUAUAUUACUAAAUAUAACUAUGACUUAUUAAAAAAUUAUAUACAAAAUGAGUAUUUUGACACUGAUGAUCCUCUGAAUUUUAAAAUAUUUGUAGAAUGUAAAAAUAAAUGUAAUUUAAUAAAAUCAAAAAAAAUUAUUGCUCAUAAUAAAAUAGCUCCUGGUGAUAUUUUAAUUUUUAACUUUCUAACUAAUAUGAAUUUGGAAAAAAAAAAAAAUUUUAUUUUACGUUUGGGAACAAAAAAAGAAGAUUUAUAUUUAACUGAAGAAAAUCAAACUACAUAUGAUAUAUAUUUUAAUGCAAAUAUAUUAAGUAAAGUUUUAUAUAAAAAAAAAAAGUUAAUUGAAAAAAUUUAUAACUGUUGUUAUAUUUUUAAUAAUAGAAAUGGAAUAUAUUAUAAAAUAAAAUUUGUUGAUAACUUUAAUGGUGAGAAUGUAUUAAUGGAAACAAACAAUGAUAAUAAUAAAGAAGAAGAAAAUAGCACAUCAAAUACUAAUAAUCUGCUAAAUGAUGAUUAUUUUUCGAAUAAAAUCAAGAAAGAAGAAGAAAAAAAUAUGAAAAAUAAUGUUAAUAAUCCUCAUUAUUCUACUCAAAAUAUAUUUCUUACAAAUAAUGAUAAGUUGAAUAAUGAAAAAGAAUCAAAUCAUCUUAAUUAUUUUUCAUCUUGUGAGCACCAUUCAACUGAAAAGGAAAAUGAUAAUGAUAAUAACAUUAAUAAUGUAAUUAAUAAUACAGAAAAUAAGUUUAAUAAAGAAAAUAUAGAAUUGAUGAAUAAAAAAAAAAAUAUAAAUGAUACCAAUAAUACAUGUGAUAUAAGUAAUAUGAAUAAUAUAAAAUAUAGUUCUAAUUAUCUGCAGGAUGAUAAAGAUAAAAUAGUAACAGAUUGUUAUAAUAAAAAUACUAAUAGUGGUGUGGUUUUACCACUUGCCUAUGAAAAUAAUGGAAAAAUAGAUGAACAAUGUCUACAGAAUAAUUUCAAUGAAGAUAAUAUAGAUUUUAAUGUUUUAAAUAUUAAUAAAGAAAAUUUAAAUAGUCAAGAAGUAAUUAACUUAUAUCUAUAUUUAAAAAAAUAUAGUUCUGAAUUUGCAAAAAAUGGGAUUAGUUAUAUAUAUAGUUUAUUAAGUAAGAAAUCAUUAGAAGAAGUAACAGAAUAUGUUAUAAAUAACCAAAAGCGAAUUUUGAAAAAAAAAAAAAAAAGUAAUUUAUUUAAUUUUGAUAAUAUAAGUAUUUGUAGGGAUUAUCAAUAUCCUUAUUAUUCUCCUUCUACAUCUGAUUUUUCUAUUGAUGAUGAAAAAAUAAAAAUUAAAAAAAAAAAAAAAAAAAAAAAAAAAGAAAUAGGACAUAUAAACAAUAUAAAUAAAAAUAUAAAAUAUGAAUUAAACGAGAUAAAUAAAAUGAACAAGGUAAACGAAAUGAAUGUCGAUAUAAAUCAUAUAAGUAAAAUGAACGAAGUGAAUAAUGGUAAACAUGUAACAAAAUGUAUAAAUGAGAUGAAUAAUGAAGAAAAUCAAAUAAAUAUGUUUAAUUAUAUUUAUUAUUCUAAUAAAACAGUAGAUAUGAAUGAAAGUAACAAUGAGCUUAAUGAAACAUCCGAAUUAAAGAAUGUUAGUACUCCACAUAAUAUUCAUAUUUCUAAUAAUAUGAAUUCACAAAAUGAAAUUAAUAUUUCAAGUGAUUUUAUACAAAGAAAUAAUUCAGAUGUUUCAUUCUGUUCAUCUGCAAAUUCUUCACUUACAUAUACAUCAGAAAGCACAGAUUAUUAUUUAUAUAAUGUAGAAGAAUCAUUAGAAUCUGUCUAUACUAGUAAUAUAUAUGAUCAUAAAAAGAAAAAUAGAAAAAAGAAAAAUAAAGUAAAAAAAAAAAAAAAAAAUAUGUUGAUAUAUGAAAAUAAUGAGAAUGAAUUUGAUAAAUCUAAUGUUUCAUUACAUGAUCGUGGGUAUGAAAAAAAUAUAAUUAAUUUAAAUUCAGAUAUUGAAGAAGAUGUAUAUGUUAAUCCGUUGCAUGAAAAAGAUAAAAAUGCAUCGGAUAAAUAUACUUCUUUAAAUGAUUGUGAUAAUAUGGAUGCUAAUGAUACGAUCAAAAUAGAAACAAAUAAUAAUAAGGAUAAUUAUACAACAUCAAAUGUAGAUAAAAUAGGAAAAACUGUUAAAAAUAUAAAUAUCCCAUUAGAUAAUAAUGAUAUACAUUUAUAUGAUGAAAGUGAUUCUAAAGAAACAGGAGGCAAUUCAUUAGAAAAUCACUACAUAAAUAAUGAAAUAUCUAAAAAUAAUAAAAUUAGUGAAAUAAAAGAACAAACUAUAGAAGAAAUAAAUACUAACAAUAUUUCAAAUAAUGCAUGUUUAAAAUCAUCUAUUGAUAAUAAAUAUAUCGAUAUUGAUAGUAUAAAUGAAAAUGUAUAUUCAAAUGAUAAAAAUAAAGAUACUUUAAAUAAUAGCAAUAUUAAUAAUAGUAAUAAUAAUAAUAAUAAUAUUGUAAUGAAUAAUAAUCAAAUAAAUGUGAAAAACAUUAAUGAAAAAUGUAAUUAUAUAUUGCCUAAAGAGAUUAAUAAUAAUGAUUCAAAUAUGCAGGAUAAUGUUAGUAAUGAAAUUAAUAAAGAUAGCAUGAAUAGUAAUAAUACAUUGUUAAAUAUCUCUACAAAACAAACAAAAAAGAAAAAAAAAAAGAGUCAGAAAGCAAAAAUUAUAAAAAAAUGUGGAGGAUUAGCAGAUAAGGAGGAACCAAUAUUACCUUUUUAUGUGAUUUGUGAUUAUUUAGAUUUUGUAGAAAGAAAAAUAUACGUUAGUAGAUUCAGAUUCAAGUUAUAUGAUCCAAUUUAUCAGCUAGGGAAGUAUAGAAAUUGUGCGGGAGUUAUUUUAAAAAGGGAUUUAAAAAAAGGUUGUUUGAAUUAUAUUGAUUCUCAUUUUCUUUUUUUAAAAAAAGAAUUGUAUAAAAUUGAUUUAGAUAUUGAUAUUAGGUGUCCAACAAAGCAAAUUUUUAAACAUGUAUGUUAUAAAAUGAAUGUAGAUCCUACUCAUAUAUUAAUCUUUCCUUAUCCUCCUUUAAAUAGUCCUGUGAACUUUUCUCCUUAUAAUAUAGAUUCUUUUACAUGUCAUUCUGAUUCAGAUUAUGAAAAUUAUCAAAAAAAUAACAAUUCUUGUUAUGGUCAGACACCAUUUGAAACAUUAAUAAAACAACAUUCGAUGGCGUUAGAACAUAAUUCUUUAACUGAACAGAAAACAUUUUGCUUAUCUUUAUUACCAUUUCAUUAUAAAUAUUUUACUAGAUUAUACCCAUCAGACUCACCUAAAUAUUUUCAUUAUGUCGUUCAAUUAUUUAAUUCACAUGUUCAAUCAGUAGCUGCUUAUUGUGGUCAUAUAAAAUUCAAGAAAAGUUUAGAAAAUGAUAUUAAAUCGAAUGAUUUUUAUGAUCGUGAUGAAUCAAAUAGUGAUUAUUCUUCAUCAAAUUCUGAUAAUUCUAACAGUACUAUAAUCAAUAAUGAAUAUAUACCAAAUAAUUAUACAACCGUACAAGAUCUAAUAGAUAAAAUCAAAUUGGAAAUGAAUCCUUAUUUGAAAAAAAGGGGAAUAGAUAUAAAACAAAAAUUUCGUUUGUUAUUUACAUUUGGACCUAAAAUAAAAUAUUUAAGUAAUGAUGAACAAUUAAUAGGAAUGGAUUUUGUAAAAACAAAUCAUAUAAAAAAUAUUUAUGUCACCCCAUUGAGAAUGGAACCUGAUUUCACAGAUGAACAAAAACGACUAAUAGAAACUGAUCAAUUAAAAAUAAUUCAUGUUUUUAAUCAAACACCUUCAAAAGAAGUCUUUGGUUAUAGUUUUGAUGUUCUCGUAGAUCCUAAUGACAAUAUGCUAGAUAUUAAAAAUAAAAUAAGAAAAAGAACUUUACUACCUAAAUAUAUAUUUGAUAAAAUUACCUUCUUUGAAUUUGAGAAUGGACAAAGAAUAUGGAGAUCUAACGAUGAUACUAUAAAUUGGAAAAAUAAACAAUUUGCUAUAAUUAUAGGAGAACAUCAUGCUCCAUCUCAUUCAAAACAACAAAUGGGAAUGAAAAUAGCUUAA